UUCAAGAUUCACCAUCUCUUCCUUUACGGGGUUGGUGCAAAGGCUUCUUUUUUAUGACAUCUGCUGCUCGUCAAGCGAUCCAUUCAUCAAUUAUAUCAUGAAAUGUAUGUGACCACCACAACAACUGCCCCAGAGCGUAGGCGCAUAAAUCCUGUGUCAUUAAGUCACUCACAGUUGGCCGUAUUUUUAAAAGAAACUGUUAUACACAGUAUCAAAGCAGAUUUAAGGAAUUGUACAUUUUUAUCAUGGUGCGAAAAAAUAAAGUGAUCUUUGUGUCCAGUGUGGUAAUUUUAUUAUCCGUUUGUCCGGCCGAUUCCCAGAGGCUCCGUUACCAGCAGAAAAAUGAUUUUCGUAGCAAUGUCAGACUAGUUCAUGGUGGUGGUGAUGUCGUGCCGAUGACAAGUGACGAAAGUCUGGGGGAUAACUCCUUUCCCGUUUUACCCUUGUGCUGCGACAUGGUCAAGGAUGACGUAGUUUCGUAUCAGUGUCAAAAUACUUUGGGAAAAUCGUCACAGGAAGUUCUCUUCAAACGGAAAACUUGGGUUGCACCAGGUCACCUCGUGUCAAACAAGAAGACGUUGAAGUUCAAAUUUGUGAGCACUUCACUAUUCUGCAAAAAUGAGAUCUUUUCCGCAAAUUUGCCCCUUACGAGACCACACAUGCCAAAGCAGAGUCGAAGUUCGUACUUUUCACCGGAUGGGUAUUUCAAACAUCAAAACGAGUAUUACCGACCGGACGAGUAUUGCAUUAGUGGAUUGAAUGAAAACCGUCUCCAAGUCAAAAUUUGCAGAGCCAACUGCUCCAACCCAGCGACUCCUUGUAUACAAAAAUGUUGUGGGAUUCACCAAAUUUAUAGUUUUGGAUAUGGCGACAAUCCCCGAGGAUGUGUGGAUGUAGGGUCACACAAGCCCCAAUGGUUCCCCACCCUAUAUCACGAUUUGACCACUAAAUUGUCCCCCGAAGACCUGUCAGCCUUGAAUCCUCACAUAAUCCACAAGUUCCCAACGACUUUCAAAUUCAAUUGCAGAUUUAAUAAGACCACCGUAUUUCCACAUUCGACAGGAAUUUCAGACUUUUUGACCGCACUGACCUCAAAGACUUUUAGGAAUCUUGAGUUCAGAUUACGAAAGGACGGCUGGCUCUUAUACCCUGGUGACCACCAUUCAGGCGUCAGUGCUAAAAGAAUCGACAAUUAUUGCGUCGAUGGUGCUCAAGAUUAUGGAGAAUCUUCGGAAUUUGGAAAUCUUGAGGGCGAAACUGUUUUAUUUCUUUGCUCUGGUGGGGUUGAUGAAGCAUUCGAAAUCCCCAUCGUUCAUAAUCGACAUCCACUACAACAAAAACAAAACGGGUCAAAAUUGCCUGGCAUGUUCAACACUAUUUCUCAAAGAUAUCCAUCUCCACCUCCUGCACCACCUACAACCACAAAUACUCGCCCUCCUCCUCCUCCUUCCACAACAACAACUCCUCCGUUAUCGUCUUCAACACCAACCCAACGUCAACCCAACAAGAAAGUCACCAAUUUUAAGGAUAGGAUCGACCUUGACAUGACGGAUUCGUCGUCGUCAACAUCGCUCGAAAUAGAAAUUGAGGAUGGAGUUCCUCUAAAUUCUGUAGAAAUCAGAGAUGACGACGGUGGCGGACGUAAUCCAGAAUCUGAAAAAUUUAUCCCAGCCGUGCUUAAGGUUGCGGUUCCUGUACCUCAAGACAGAGGACAAUCACAGUCUAACGGAAAAAAUGUCCCCGGUUUGUUGCAAACCACUUUCAAUCACAACAACUUUAAAAACGUCGACCAUGAGCGUGACACGGGUGGAAGUAGUGGAAUUGAAUUCAGACGUGGCGAAAAUGCCAAUAAAUCUCCAUCCUCUGGUCCAUGGACCCUUCCAACUUGCUGCAACUUUGAUGCCGGUGUCAACGACGGAUUGACGCAUCAUUGUCGGAAUAAGAGGAUGACUGACAAGGUUUCGAAUGAAAGCCGAUCAGCAAAUAGUAAAGUGCAACCCUUAAUUCAGUGGAAUGUUCCCGAAUAUUUUACGACGAGGGGGAAAAGCGCCCAGUUUUUGUUGAGACAAACCCUGUUGAAAUGUGGGACUGGAAAAUUUCAAUUUCAAGGCUUCAUGCACAGCUUUGAACAAGUCAAGAGCAAAACCUCUGGUGAAAAGAGGCACGGCAUCCUGACCGAUGGGUAUUUGAAGUAUGAUAACGAAUUCUACAGUCCGGAACAGUAUUGUGUCAAUGGUCUCAGCACACGCAUUAUCGAAGUUCUCAUCUGUAAACCAGACUGUUCCAUGUGGGAGACGCCCUGCAUUAAAAAAUGCUGUGGUUUAGACGAAAUUUACAAUCUUGGUCUAAACUCUGGAAAUCGGGGUUGUCAACCCCUCCACCCAAAGGAAUCGAAAUUCAGCCCAAUUCUCUACAGAAGUAUGAGCCUUCCCGUCUCUCCGGACGAAAUGAGAAUGGUGGCUCCACAUUUUGUGCAAAAAUACCCACCUAACUUUCAGCAAACUUGCUACAAUAAGAUAACACUGGCAUUCCCAUACAGUCAAGAAAUUGCAGAAAAACUUACCCCCGCCAAUUCCGCGGAACGGGGAGGAACAUCCUUUAAGCACUUGAAAUUCCGAUUUCGUAAGGAUGGAAAACUAAUGUACUCAUAUCCAGAUUCUGAUGGAACUUCCUUCGAUGCAGUUUUCGACCGUGGGGAAUUUUGCGUCGAUGCCGUUCGUGAUUACGGGGAACGCGAACAUUUUCGUAAUAAUGAAAAUCAGACCGUUUUAUUUAUUUGUGCGAGUGAACCGCACCAUUCAGCAGAACAUGGUAAUAAGUAAUCGAUAACCAGACAAAAUGGUACAAAUUACUGUACAUACAAACAAUUUAUUUUGUUUUUAUUACUUAUUUAUUUUUUGGUUGAGUUUAAUUGGUGAAAUUGUAAGCUAGUUACACACCCUUCAGUAUUAUUAUAUCAAAUAUAUGUACAUGUAAGAUUCGCCCCCAUUUACACAUUUAUCGACAUUUCAAAGACCCAAACUUUGCACUAAGUUGGCUUAAAACGUUCGGUUUGCAAAUAAAAAUAACAAAAAUUGCAACACCUUGAAACGAG